CGCCUAAGGCUCGGUCACCGAACCUUGUAGGCCUGUACGCUGGCCUAUAAAUUAAGCUUAUGCCUAGCCAAGGUGACUCAUUGCUCCUAACGCGUUCCCCAGAGGUUCCACGAACACAGAGAUUUUCUUUACUAGCAGUUAGUUUGGAUUUGAUUAGAAAACAAGAAUGGCUCUGGUAUCUGGUAGAAGGUCAGCACUUAAUCCGAAUGCUCCUGUGUUCAUUCCGGCAUCAAUGCGCCACGUGGAGGACUUCUCACCGGAGUGGUGGAAUUUAGUGACAACCUCAACUUCGUUCCGUGACUACUGGAUUAGCCAGCACCAGGGAGAUGAUAUCUUCGGCGAGGAGAGUGAUGAUGUUGCUGAUUUGUUGCCUGAUACCAUUGACCUCGGUGUUGAUGAGGAUAUCCUCAAUAUGGAAGCUCAGUUUGAGGAAUUUCUCCAGUCUUCCGAGUAUGGGCAGGGGAAUUUCUCGGCUCACUCUGCCUUCGAGGAAAUGCCUGAAAAUGGUUUAGGAAAGGAUGCUGAGGCAUUGAUCAAGAAAUUAAACCUAUCGAAAGAGAAGGGUCCCAGGUCUCCGAGGAAACUAGCUGCAAAGCACUGGGAGAAGCCAGCCAAGCACAUUAGCCCAAAAUGCAGCCCCCGUGUUAUCCAGCAGCCCCGUUGAAUUGUUGUUAUUAGAUUGCAGCAAAGCAGUGUCUGUUUCUUGUAACUUUCUGUAUAGAGCAAGGUUGUAACUCUCCUUUACUUAGCCUUGUUCAUAGUCUAACUAUCCGUUUUUAGCUCGAGUAUGAAAACUUAUGAGAAAAUGUAAAAAAUAUGUAGAACAAGUAUUCAGACAAGAAAUGAAAAAGAAGUCAUUUUAGUUCUGGUUA